AUGGGUGGAUUGAAGAGGAAGAUUGAUAUAAAGAAGAUAGGGAAGAAAGAUCCACGAGCGGUUACUUUCUCAAAACGUCGUAAGGGUCUUUACAGCAAAGCUUCAGAUCUUUGUCUUCUCUCCGACGCUCAGAUGGCGAUCCUAGCAACUCCGGUCUCUUCUAACUCACAUGCAUCUUUCUACAGUUUUGGUCACUCCUCUGUCGAUAGUGUCGUCGAAGCUUUCCUCACGGAUCAGACUCCUCCUCGGAAUGAUGAUGGUGAUGAUGAAAAGCUAGGGUUUUGGUGGGAAGAUGAGAGUCUUAUCGAUUCAGAGGACCCGGAGGAGUUGGGAGAGAUGAUUGAUUCAAUGAAGAAGAUGUUACACGAUCUGAAGGAGUUGGAAAAUAAGGGGAGAGAUCGUGUGGACCAAACCCUAAAUCAUCAACCGUGUUCUUCAAGUCAAUGCAUUGAUCAAGUUGAUGUAACUGUGAACCAUGUCGAAGGGUUUCACAACAACACCGAAGAACAAACCCUACCGGUUUCUGACUACAUCAACAACAACAACGGUUUACUUGGGAGCUACGAUAGGUGUGAUCAAGAGUUCCUUGAUCAAAUAGUCUCUGAGUUUCUGAAGAACACUGAAGUUCCAUUGAUGCAUCUGCGGGCGAUAGAUGAUUUGGGAUAUUGA